GGAAUCAUAUCAUUUGCUGUGGAGUGAUCUGACGGAGGGAGAGAGAGAAGGAGAGAGAGAGGGAGAGAAGAGGGCUGGAGCAGGAGAAGCACCGCGCCACACCACGCUCUCCAAAUUGUGAUUUUUUUGCAUGUCAGGAGCGGAGGAGGCUGUCGCCGGUCCUCGGCCGUGUCGUCUCUGUGUGCUCGGUCCAUUUUAACGGGAGGCAUGUGGAGCCGGGCGAGGAGAACCAGGUGGCUGUCUAUAGCGUGCCUGCUGCUGUUAACGAUAUGGACGGAGGUGGGCCACUCUUCGGGCUAUUUCGAGCUGCAGCUGAUGAGCGUGGAGAAUGUAAACGGUGAGUUGUGGGAUGGGGAAUGCUGCGACGGCGCGCGGAGCUCGCAGGACCAGCGUUGCACGCGGGACGAGUGCGACACGUACUUUAAAGUGUGCUUGAAGGAGUACCAGAGCGAGGUGACCACCACGGGCCAGUGCAAUUUCGGUACCGGAUCUACCGGCGUCCUGGGUGGAAAUAUAUUUUCUUUUAAGAACAGCAAGAGCAGCCCCGUCAAGAUCAGCGAGGCGGGCAAGAUCACCAUCCCCUUCCAGUUUGCCUGGCCGCGAUCCUACACACUCAUCCUCGAGGCCUGGGACUGGGACAACACCACUCAAAACAGUGAGGAGCUUCUGAUUGACCGACAUGCUCACACGGGUAUGGUGAACCCUGGGGACCACUGGCAGGUUAUCGCGCACCCGGGCGCCACUGCCCGCUUCGAGUACCGCAUCCGUGUCAAGUGUGACGAGAACUACUACGGCAGCAAGUGCAACAAGCAGUGCCGACCUCGCGACGACUACUUCGGCCAUUAUCGCUGUGAUCCUUCUGGAAACAUCGUCUGUCUGGAGGGCUGGAUGGGGCACGACUGUCGAACUGCUAUCUGUAAGCAGGGCUGUAAUUUGAUUCACGGAGGUUGCUCAGUGCCCGGGGAAUGCACGUGUAACUACGGCUGGCAGGGUCAGUUCUGCGACGAGUGCCUGCCCUACCCGGGCUGCGUUCAUGGCACUUGCGAAAACCCGUGGCAGUGUACCUGUGAGAAGAACUGGGGUGGACUACUGUGUGAUAAAGAUCUGAACUACUGUGGCACUCAUCACCCCUGUGUGAACGGAGGUACCUGCAUCAACUCGGAGCCAAAUGAGUAUAACUGUGCCUGUCCUGAAGGCUACUCGGGCAAGAACUGUGAAAUAGCAGAGCAUGCCUGCGUUUCCAACCCGUGUGCCAACGGUGGCACCUGUCACGAAGUUCCCUCUGGCUUUGAAUGCCACUGUCCACCAGGCUGGGAGGGUCCCACCUGUGCUAAAGACAUGGACGAGUGUGCUUCCAGUCCCUGUGCUCAGGGGGGGACGUGUAUCGAUCUGGAGAACGGCUUCGAGUGUCUCUGUCCUCCGCAGUGGGCUGGGAAGACCUGCAAGAUUGAUGUAAAUGAGUGUGUGGGGAAGCCUUGUGUUAACGCUUACUCUUGCAAAAACUUGAUUGGUGGAUAUCAUUGUGACUGCUUUCAAGGAUGGGCCGGACAGAACUGUGACAUCAACAUGAAUGGCUGCCAUGGACAAUGCCAGAAUGGAGCAACUUGCAAGGAAGGAGCACGAGGAGGCUAUCACUGCCAGUGUGCCCCAGGCUUCACGGGCACCCACUGCGAGAUCCAGAGGAACAAGUGUGCCAGCAGCCCCUGCCAGAACGCCGGCCAAUGUCACGUGUUGCUGGACAGCUUUGUAUGUGAAUGUCUGCCUGGCUACAUCGGAACGCUCUGCGAGAUACCAAGCCAUUCGAAUCCUUGUGAACCCAACCCGUGUAAGAACGAGGCGUCCUGCCACGGCUUGCUGGGGGAUUUCUACUGCGCCUGUCCUGAGGACUAUGAGGGGAAGACCUGCGCAGACCAUAAAGACCAUUGCAGGACUGCCCCCUGCCAAGUGAUCGACAGCUGCACGAUCGCGGUAGCGAGUAACAGCACAGACGGUGGUGUGAGACACAUCUCAUCCAACGUGUGUGGCCCUCGCGGCCGCUGUGUCAGUCAGCCCACCGGAAACUUCACCUGCACCUGUGAUCCAGGCUUCACUGGAACAUACUGCCAUGAGAAUGUGAAUGACUGUGUAAGUAGUCCCUGUCGGAAUGGCGGCACCUGCAUCGAUGGCAUCAACUCGUUCCAGUGUUUCUGUCCUGAUGGCUGGGAGGGUGACCUCUGUGGUCUCAAUGUGAACGAGUGCAGUAGAAACCCAUGUAAGAAUGGAGGACGCUGUGUGGACCAGGUCAACGACUUCUACUGCGAGUGCGCCAAUGGCUGGAAAGGCAAGACGUGUCAUUCGCGCGAGAGCCAGUGUGACGCCAGCACCUGCAGCAAUGGAGGCACCUGCUACGACCAUGGAGACACUUUUCGGUGCGCCUGCCCGUCUGGCUGGGGGGGAAGCACCUGCAACACAGCUAAGAACAGCACGUGUGCUUCUAGUCCGUGUGUUAAUGGAGGAACCUGCGUGGGUGGAGGGGAUACGUUCACCUGCAUCUGUAAGGACGGCUGGGAGGGACCCACCUGCGCUCAGAACAUCAACGACUGCAACCCUCACCCUUGCUAUAACGGAGGAAUCUGUGUGGAUGGAGUGAACUGGUUCCGCUGCGAGUGCGCUCCAGGCUUUGCCGGGCCUGACUGCCGCAUCAACAUCGACGAGUGCCAGUCAUCACCCUGCGCGUACGGAGCCACGUGCGUCGAUGAGAUCAACGGAUUCCGCUGCAUUUGUCCGCUCGGACGCUCUGGUCCUCGAUGCCAAGAGUUUAUAGGCAUCGGGAAGUCGUGUCAUUACACCGGACUGCAGUUCCCGCACGGCAGCCGCUGGGAGGAGGACUGUAAUGCCUGCCAGUGUGUCAACGGCAAAGUAGAAUGCACCAAGGUGGUGUGUGGCCGACGGCCUUGCCUGCUGCCAGGAACCCCCGGCAGAGAGCGUGCAGCCUGCCCUGGGGGUCGGGAGUGCCUGGAGCACAACUUCCUGACCUGCCUCUCUCCCCCCUGCCACCAGUGGGGCUUCUGUUCCAGCCCUGAGCCCGUCCCACCGGUCAACAGCAAGUGUGAGCCCAACACGGGCUACUUGGACAACAGUUGUGCCCACAUCACACUCGUCUUCAACAGGGAGAAGCUGCCCAUAGCAACAGCAGUGGAGAACGUGUGCUCGGAGCUGAGGUACCUACCCGCCACGCGGAACCUCGCCAAGGAGGACCCUCUGCUGGUUCUCUGUGAGCUUUCCUACUCCAACCAGGAUGCAGUGGAGGUGGCCAUUUCCUUCCAGCAGGACGAGCAGCCUGACCACAGUCGGAUCCAGGAGGUGGCCAGCACCAUCGUCAGCACUCUGUCCAAGCGCCACAACAGCACCAUCAUGCAGGCCGUCAUUGAGGUCAGAGUGGAGACACGGCUCGUGCCCCAGCCAGUGGAUUAUUUGGUGCCCGUGCUGUGUGUGAUCUUCUGCGCCUUGUGGAUCUUCUGCGUGAUCGUGUGCGUGUGGUGGACGCGUAAGCGGCGAAAAGAGCGCGAGAGGCGCGAGCGUGCCCCAGUUGAGGAGAGCGUGAACAACCAGUGGGAGCCGCUGCGGCCGGUGGCCCGCCAACAGCACAAGGACAACCGGGACGCCGAGUAUGAGCGGGCCAAGCUCAUGGGCUCCCCGGACCGGGCGCACGGAGAGGGGGACGAGGAGCCCGAAGAGGAGGAGGAGGAGGAGGAAGACGAGCUGGAGUUGGUGGAGGAGUGGCGGUGCGGGACAGAGGGCGGCAAGCGGCCCGUCCCAAAGUACUCUAAGGCCACGGUGCGGCUCAACAGCGAGCUGAUCUGCACCACGCGCAGCAGCAGCGGCAGCAGCGGGGGCGCGCCCCUCAAAGCCCCCCACCGGACCGCCCACAGCCCCAAAGACAACCGCUGGAAAAACGUCAACAGCACCUCUGCUGGCCAAGACGCCAAAGAGCUCUGUGUAUAGACACUGGGAACGACGCGCAGAGAGAGAGAGAGUAGUUCUCUUGUUCAGCGGAAGAAGAAAAAAACAAAGGCUUUUGAGAGACGGAGAACUUUCGUUUUUUUCUCUUUCUUUUUCACUUUAUUUUUAUUUCCCCAUGGUGAGAUGUUUUUGUUUUUUUUUUUUCUUUCCUUGACACAUUUUUAUUUUUAUAUGUACAGAUGAAGCAGAUUUUUGUGUUUUACUUUGUAAGAAUAAGGCAAAAGAGACGCCCGCUUAGUUUUUUUUUGUUGUUGUUGUUUUGCAAAAAUGUACUGCUGAAAACAAAGAGCAGGAAAAAUACACUCACUAGAGGAAUACUAUAAACUGUAUAAAGACUUUCUUUUGUUGUUUACAGAUGAUUGUGGUUUUAUUUUAUUGUAUGCGGCCCGUGUUUUCAGCACAGACCUUGCAUAUGGUGGCCAGUGAGGUGCACUGGCUAUGGGGUCAGAAGCGAGAACUUUGACUCUUGUGUUUUUUGUUUUUUUUUGUUUUGUUGUUUUUCUUCCCCCCAUCCACCUCUUCUCCACCUCUCCUCACUCCACGCCUGCCUUACUAAGCUUGUGGGUCAGUGCCUGCGAAGUGGCCUUGUUUUUUCUGUCACGUCUGUUUGUCUUGGCUGAAUGCUCUUUAAUGAAAAAAAAAAAAGGAUUGCAGUAUUUUGAGUUGGUAGCAAGUGCCUUCUGACGAGCCCGUUUGUUUGCGUCUCUCGCUGCCGAGGUCGACCCCAGAUAGAUCACUACAAAGGGAGAGGCUGGUCAAGAGCAACUCCCGCUUUACCACCGAGGUAUUUGAUCAAAGAAAGACAAGAAAUCUGUAAAUAUGUGUAUAUAGUAAAGGAGUCGCUGUGUAUAUUUGAAUUUAGUAACUUAAGACAAGUCACACUUUUUUAUUACUAUUAUAAUUAUGAUUGAAAUUAUUAUUAUUAUUAUGAUUAUUAUUAUAUUAUUUUUCAUUUUAUUUUAUUUUUAUUAUUAUUAUUAUUUUUUUUUUUUACAACGCCAUUCCUUUUAUUUAUGCCAGUUGAAACAGGCAGGUUUUAUAACAAGUAUACAGCGUCCCACAGUCAGAACAGUAAUGUAAUCAGUAACAGGUCAUCUUUUUUUAUGUUGUUGGUUUGUUUUCACUUUAUAAGGCAAGUAAUUCUUUAAAGAUUGUGUGGUGUAUCGUGGCGUGUGUGUUUGCCUCCGUUUCAAACCAGUUCCUAUCAUCUCCUUCAGCUUCUGUCCUUCCUCACUGUCAUAGAAUGUUCUGGAAACCUGUGGAAAGCUCCUGCAGCGUGUGCGGAGGCCGGCAGGCUGGUUAGGAUCCCGGUCUCUGCAGACGAUGUAAAACUCUGUUUUUGCUCCAUCUGCUUUUUUUCCUGCUGUUUUUGGGUUGAGGCUUCAUGAAGGGAACAAUUUUGUUGUAAAGCAUUUGUGUUCGAGGUACCAACUCCAAAAAAAAUGGAUUACCUCAGAAGUGGUUCACUAUGAUUUUUGUUUUCUUUCGUUUUCAUGUUGGAUAUUGCUCUCACGGUGGCUUCUUGCUGCCGUAUGUGAGAGGAUGCAAAAUAAAAAGAAUUUAAAUAUUAUCCUGAAGUAAUCUGAACAAGUGGUAAAAUAACAAAAAACGAGAUAACGCUGGAUGUGCAUUACUGGAAGGAAUAAGGUGGGGUCAGAGGAAGUUUUUUUUUUUUUUUAAAGGAAAUUAAACAAAGUCUUUUUUUGUACAGAAGAAUUGCUCUGCAAACGUUUUUGGUUCAUUUAGUGGAAUUUAUGUUUGUUCUUAGAAAUAAAUCUAACUAUUUAUUAAAGCAUUUUAUAACAAUCUCCUCAAAAAAA